CCGAGCAGGUGUCCCCAGGACGCUGCCUCACCUCCUGGUCCGUCUGUGGGGGCCUACCUGGAGGACCCGGCCUCGCUCACCUGCAGCGGGAUGGCGGCCGUGAACCGGGCACUGAGCGCCCUGCGCCUCGACGCCGUCCCCAGGCUGCUGCCGGCCAUCGCCGUCUCCAGCCGCAGCAACUCCAACCGCGCCUCCAUCUCCCACCUCCACAGGCAGCUCUACGGCCGGCUCUACCCCGUCCUCCUGGUCAAGACCGACGGCUCCACCGUCCGCCUCCGCUACAAAGAGCCGAAGAGGAUCCUCAUGCUGCCCCUGGACAGCAACGCGCUGCCCGAGGCGGAGCGCAAGGCCCGGCUGCGGAGGCAGUUCCCCAGCAGGCCGAAGGCCGAGACGGAGGAGACCUUCGAGGGCAUCGACCUGGGCACCUACAAGCGGUUCUGGAAGAAGUGAGGCUCUGAAAUAAAAUUUGAAAUAGUAAUAAUAAUAAUAAAGCCGGGAAACGAGU